CCCGCGCAGCAUGGCCGAGCCGCCCGCGGCAGCGCCGGCCCCCGAGGGCGAGGAGGGCCCCGUGCGCUUCGCCCGCAAGGGCGCCCUGCGGCAGAAGAACGUGCACGAGGUGAAGAACCACAAGUUCACGGCGCGCUUCUUCAAGCAGCCCACCUUCUGCAGCCACUGCACCGACUUCAUCUGGGGCUUCGGCAAGCAGGGUUUCCAGUGUCAAGUUUGCUGCUUCGUGGUGCACAAGAGGUGCCAUGAAUUCGUCACCUUCUCCUGCCCCGGGGCUGACAAGGGCCCUGCCUCGGAUGACCCCCGGAGCAAACACAAAUUCAAAAUCCACACGUACUCCAGCCCCACCUUCUGUGACCACUGCGGGUCCUUGCUCUACGGGCUCAUUCACCAGGGGAUGAAAUGUGACACCUGCAUGAUGAACGUGCACAAGCGCUGUGUGAUGAACGUGCCCAGCCUGUGCGGGACCGACCACACGGAGCGCCGGGGCCGCAUCUACAUCCGCGCCGACAUCGACAAGGACGUGCUCACCGUCGUAGUAAGAGAUGCUAAAAACCUAGUUCCUAUGGACCCUAAUGGCUUGUCAGAUCCCUACGUGAAGCUUAAACUAAUCCCUGACCCCAAAAACGAAAGCAAACAGAAGACCAAAACUAUCAAGUGCUCCCUGAAUCCUGAGUGGAACGAGACAUUUAAAUUCCAGCUGAAGGAGGCAGACAAGGACAGGAGGUUGUCUGUGGAGAUCUGGGACUGGGAUCUGACCAGCAGGAACGACUUCAUGGGCUCCCUGUCCUUCGGGAUCUCUGAGCUGCAGAAGUCAGGAGUGGAUGGAUGGUUCAAGCUGCUCAGCCAGGAGGAGGGCGAGUAUUUCAACGUCCCCGUGCCUCCCGAGGGAGAGGAAGGAAACGAGGAGCUGAGGCAGAAGUUUGAGAGAGCCAAGAUCGGCACGGGCUCCAAGGCCGCGGAUGAGAAGACACGAAAUGCCAUUUCCAAACUGGACAACAACGGCAGCCGGGACCGCAUGAAGCUCUCGGACUUCAACUUCCUGAUGGUGCUGGGCAAAGGGAGCUUUGGGAAGGUGAUGCUGGCAGAGAGGAAGGGCACGGACGAGCUGUAUGCUGUGAAGAUCCUGAAGAAGGACGUGGUGAUCCAGGACGACGACGUGGAGUGCACCAUGGUGGAGAAGCGCGUGCUGGCGCUCUCGGGGAAGCCUCCCUUCCUCACCCAGCUCCACUCCUGCUUCCAGACCAUGGAUCGCUUGUACUUUGUGAUGGAAUACGUGAAUGGUGGGGACCUGAUGUACCAGAUCCAGCAGGUCGGGAGGUUCAAGGAGCCCCACGCUGUAUUCUACGCAGCAGAAAUCGCCAUCGGGCUGUUCUUCCUGCAGAGCAAAGGCAUCAUUUAUCGGGACCUGAAGCUGGACAAUGUGAUGCUGGACAGCGAGGGGCACAUCAAGAUCGCCGACUUUGGCAUGUGCAAGGAGAACAUCUGGGACGGGGUGACCACCAAGACCUUCUGUGGCACCCCGGACUACAUCGCGCCCGAGAUCAUUGCCUACCAGCCCUACGGGAAGUCAGUGGAUUGGUGGGCGUUUGGAGUCCUGCUCUAUGAGAUGCUGGCUGGCCAGGCCCCCUUUGAGGGAGAGGAUGAGGACGAGCUCUUCCAGUCCAUCAUGGAGCACAACGUCGCCUACCCCAAGUCCAUGUCCAAGGAGGCCGUGGCCAUCUGCAAAGGGCUGAUGACCAAGCACCCUGCCAAGCGCCUGGGCUGCGGCCCCGAGGGGGAGCGGGACAUCAAGGAGCACGCCUUCUUCCGCUACAUCGACUGGGACAAGCUGGAGCGCAAGGAGAUCCAGCCGCCCUUCAAGCCAAAGGCUUGCGGACGCAAUGCUGAAAACUUCGACCGGUUUUUCACCCGGCACCCGCCCGUGCUAACUCCUCCCGACCAGGAAGUCGUCGGGAACAUUGACCAGUCAGAAUUCGAAGGAUUUUCCUUUGUUAACUCAGAGUUUUUUAAGCCUCAAGCCAAGAGCUAAGCUGCUGUGCAGAUGUCAUCCCUGCGUCUGUCAUCGGGUCCCAGCUGCCGUUGUGGUGACACAUUCCAUUGCAGAACUCGCAUCCAUGGGCUUGCUUUAGUUCCUUACUAGAGUGACCAUGUCUCAAGUGUCUUCCUGUUAUUCGGGGUGUCGCUGGAGGGGAGUGAUGUGCAAGAAAUGCUGCAAAUGGGCUUUUGUAACAUUUUGUUUGGAGAAAAUGCAAACAGCUCAGUGGGUGACAGAAUGAAAACGGAGACAUGGUGACAACUGGGAAAAAUCCCUUCAUCAUGUGCUUUAAUUCCUGCUCUUUAUUUUUGAAAUAACCAUGAAAAUUUAAUAUUUAGCCUUCUUAGCCUUAGUGGCAAGUAAGUGUUUUUAAUGAAACCAUUCCCCAGAGCGUCUCUCUGCUCCCAAAAGCUCAGGAGAGCCAAGGUGCUGGUUCUGGCUCCCUUUUGGCUGUGUCCUGCUGUGUGUCCAGCCCCACCACAGCUCCCCUUCCCUGCACAGACGCUUUGGGCUGGCUGGGUCCCCAGCAGCGGGAUAAGUUAUUUGGGAAGGCAGAGCUGCCGCUGGCAAAGAUUUCUCCUGAUUGUGCAGUUUCUAAGUAGCAUUUUUUAAAAUCAAAGCAAACAUCCCGUGGUAAAUGGGAAAUUUGGAAGAGAUGCCUUUGAAUCCUUGGUCACCCUAGUAAACACCACCAACAUCCAUUCCAUAGCAAAGCUUUUUCUUCUUCUCAAAUGCCAAAGCCAUUGAUGGAGUUUGUUACCUGUGCUUUAAAUGUGUCAAAAAUGGUAUUGACCCAAACGGGAGGUACUUAACUCUGACCAGUAUUGUGAAUUCUGAUAUGAAGGGUGUAAAAAAACUUCUUUCAACGGGUACUUCUAUCCUUAGAAAUGGCCUGAGUUUUGUUUCUGGCAUCAAAGGGAACAUUUCAGGAAGGGUGAGUGUCUCUUGAAAGGACAACAAUCACGCUGCUUCCCUUUGUACCCUUUUAUUGCAGAUGUUCGUGGGCUGUCACUGUAUCAAUCUGCUUGAUUUGUAAUGUGCCAAUUUAUUUUUUCUGAUACCAAUGAUAAAAUAAAAAGUAAGAAAACCCGCCCCAGAAACCUGCCUGUGUUUGGCAAUAACGAGUUUCUGCAGUUCAGCGAGCUGAUUCCUGCCGGCAGCCGGGGCUGGAAGCCGCCCUGGCUGCUGGGGGAUGCUGGCUCAUCCCUGUGUUUGUCCCAAAACUCUGAGGUGGGAUGUACUGGAAGCAUCAUCCGGGAGGGAGCGACUGCCCGCAGCCUCCUGCCGCAGCGCCCACCACUCCGGGCUCCACUCGGCUGGGGAAGGAGCUGCUGUGUGUGGGUGAGAGCAGGAACAACGGUCCGGGCUGAGGACACGGCAGGAAGGACAGCUGGAGGUGAGGAUGCGGCAGGAAGGACGGUCCUGGAUGAGGACACAGCAGGAAGGACAGUUCGAGGUGAGGACC